CAGAAGUCCCCGCCCGUCCCACCCAUUUACCUUAUUCUACGUUGCAUAAGAUGGUUGGAAAAAUCUCCCUCACAGCUGCAGCAGCCUCUAUGCUCAUCGCUGGUGCUUACGCUCAAUGCCCCAACAGCGGCGUUGGCAUUGGCAGAGAGCAGCUCUGUAACUUUAGCGGCCAUAACACCAUCUGCGGCGAGACCUGGGGGUUUAUCACAGCACCUGGCACUUGGAACCAGGUCGCAGUCAAGCACAACCUGGAUGGCACCAACGGCCAGUCAUGUGGAGGUUACGACGGCUUAAAGGGUUUCGGGCCUGCCCAUGUCGACUGCGACGGAUCCACCAUCACCGGGGCCACUCCUCCCAACGCCGGCCAUUACCAGUGCUCUAGUGCAAACAUUGUCAAGGGGGGUGGCUUCGGCUCGUUCGCCGUCAUUGCGGCUUGCUGCCAGCCGGCCUAAAUUUUCGACCUAGAUACAGUCGCUAUCUGCAAACUCCAGCAUAGUCCGUCAAUAAUGACUAUUCCCAUCCUCCCGGAUGUUUGUAGUGGAAUGAAACCUCUUUGAACACUGUUGCGGCGAAGCGUCGUGACUGCGUACGCCGUCGCUGAAUCUCCUUAUAAAGGAAAAGUGUUAUAUAAAUGGGACAAAGGAUCCUGAUAUAUAUUUAACUUCUUUGUCCUAAGUUUCUUUAUUGCUUACCGAAGAUAGAUAUAUUAUGGUGAUACACACGAAGGGACGAAGAGGUAUAAGUACAUGGCCGUCU